AUGGCAGAAAAACGAGCCGUCCUGGGGCUUGGCAGCGAGGCGUCCCCUGUAAAUGAAGAUCCUAAGACAAGUAAGAUGGGAUGCUGGGAGGGACCCGAUAUUCGACCACCUCGCAUACGAAGUGCUACGGUGAGCAGUACUAGUCUAACACAUCCGAAAACACCCGAGGCAGACAGUGUUCCACGCACUCGACCAGCCAGCACUCCGGUGAACCCAAAGCGGGCAAGGGGUCAGGCUGGCGGUCGGGAAAAGCCGGGUCGGGAUGACUCGCUGGGCUUUGCUGGCGCGUCGUAG